AUGACGCAAACUUGUCUGAGAGUUUCCACUGCACGUCUUUUGAGCUGCUUGUCCCUUGUUCUCGUUAUCACGUCCCGUGUCCAUGCAGACAUUGCCCUCGUCGGAGCAAACAAUGCCGAGGACACCGACGGUGGCAAGCGCUUCAACUCGGUGAUGGGGAUCUCCGGGGCCUUCAAAGUCCUGGGCGAUGCAAUCAACUUCAUCCCGUCGCUGUUGCACUAUGGUCUCGACGGUGUUCCCACAAAACUAGUGACAAAGGUUGUCUUCACGGUCGAGAAGCAGCUCCAGCAGGGUGCGGUUGCUAUCACAUUUGGGACGGGCAGUCCCGGCGAGUUCCAGAUCCAAUUUAAUGCUCCAUCUGCCGAUAACUACGAGGGGAUCAAAGGGGUAAUAUACCACGAGAUGGCUCACGUCUGGCAGUACUUUGGGCAAGGAACUCCCAGUGGAGUGACUGAAGGAGUGGCUGAUUAUGUCCGGCUCAAAGCCGGGCUCGCUCCAUCUCACUGGGUGAAGCCGGGCGGUGGUGAUCGCUGGGACCAGGGCUACGAUGUUACUGCCUAUUUCUUUGAUUACUGCAAUAGCCUCCGGGGAGAUUUUGUGUGGCAGAUAAAUGCGAGGCUUGCAAAUGGUGCGUGGAGUGAGUCUGUGUUCAGUGAUUUGCUUGGAAAGAGCGUACAGGAUUUGUGGACUGACUACAAGAACAAAUACGGUGGGUAAUUAAAACAGUAUUUGGUUGGAAACAAAUUCUCUUAUAUAUGCUUUACUAAAAAGAAAAUAAGUAUUUUUUAUCUUGCACAAGCAUUUCU